AUGCCGGUCAUCAUCGUCGAUACAAACCAAGUCACUGAUGUCAUACGGUACAAUAAGGCAACCAGUAAGGGUACAACAGAACAAACCAGAUCCAAUGAGGAGCUUUUCGCCCGCGAAGCUCUCGACACGGCCGCAGAACCAGGUUUGAAUAGGAUCGGUCAUACCUAUGGAAAUCAAGCUUCACAACAGGACAGGGUUAUGGAGAAAGACAACAUCGAUAUUCAUCGUCAUUCAAAAGGUCGUCUCAAUUCGGAAGAGGUCCGUCCGCCAGCCAAUGACAUUGAACGUACUAAAGUCACAGAAAUGGUAUAUACUGAUGGGGAGGAGAAAAAACCACCUGAGAAUACGCCACAAGAGACGCACAUCCUCUCAAAAGCUGGCAGCUCUCUGGCCCCAGAUACAGGAUCCGUGGCAGCGAAACCUGUAGUAGUUGAAGACAAUUCGAAUGAAUCUGAACAGCACUUGUUGUGGGAGAAGGAUGCCAAACAUCUUCCCGAUUUUGUAUGGAUUCCCUUCGAGAAGGCAGUGGAAGGUGAAACGCUUCGAGGCUGGGAGGACGACUGGGUGGCGUCGGCUAAAUUUGACCGAGACAAGCGGGGAAUUCAGCAGGAGCCGAAAAUCGAUUUUGUCUAUCUCUGGGUUAAUGGAUCUGAAGCUGACUUCCAGACGACCAUUCGACCCUGGGAAGAACGGUCUAUUUUAAAUGAUCCCGAGGUAAAGUGGGUUCGUUCACACGGUACCAACCGGUAUCGUGACUGGGAUGAACUGCGCUAUUCUUUCCGAAGCAAUGAGAAGAACGCAGGCCAUUUCAUAAACACUGUGAAGAUCCUUGUCAACUCGAUAUAUGAGAAUGGGAGAGCUGUACGCAAACAGACUCCUGAAUGGCUGGCAACCGAGCAACAGCAGACAAAACGGCCCGUUCAGGUUGUUGCUCAAAAAGAACUAUUCGAGCGGGCAACAGUAGCGCGUUUACCAACAUUCAACUCACUGACCAUCGAGAACCAAAUUUUUAAUACUGCGUCUGACCUCGAUCAGUUCUUUACUCUGUCCGACGAUAUGUUGUUAACAAGAAAUCACUCUGCAGCAGAUAUAUAUUCUCCUUUAUUCGGAGCCUCCCUUAGUUUUAAGACAAACGGGUACAGCAAAACGACGCCUCCUACGGAUAUAGACAGUCAGCGAUUUGGUGAAAAGCCAUACUUAAUAUAUACUUCCUGGCUCUUAAACCGACGUUUUGGGGUUAGAAAGCGUAAAGGUCAGAGUCAUUUUGGUCAUUCAUUAUCUCGAAGUAUAAUGCGCCAAGCUGUCGAAGGGUUUCCUCGUCCGGAAAGGCAGAGUGUAUGCAAGCGAUUCCGGGGUGAACUUGGUUUUCAGUUAUAUUCCUGGUACGCCACGUACCACUGUCUCAUCGAGAGGCACCGAGAAGCACUCAUUUGGAACUAUGUCAUGCUUCGAAGUGAUGUUGAUCGGGACGGGGUUCUAUCCUGGGAAGAAAGGCAGACCGUUAUUGCAGAAUUGGCCGCUGGAGCCGAGAAUUCCGAACGGUCCACGUUUCGUCAGAAGCUUUUCUACCGUGUGCCCUCGAAGCUUGCACGAGCGGGACUGAGACCGCCGCAGGUCAAUCCAAAUAUACUCUGGACGUCACUUGAUGGUCCUUGGGCCAUUAAAGACGCAGAGUGUACAAGUUUCAGUCUCGAUGAGUGCCUCGCGCCAGGUUUCGACUCGAUCACUGGUCAGCCAUCUACGCUCACUCCUACCUUUAGUUCGGCCCUCAUCUUCGACCGCUUGGCGCGUCAAAAUUCUAACUGUGGCGACUGUCUACUGAAAAGGAUUCUACAUCAGACGCCGUCGGGGCUCGGACCGCUUCUCCCACGCGCAGAGACACAACAGUCUGACCGUGAGCUUGUGCUCAAGGUUUUGAUGCGGUAUAAAUACGUCAUUGUCGACCCUUCUGAUGCAUUGUUCGUGAUGGUGACAGAUGCAGACCAGAUCGACAGCACGCUAUCUCGCAAUUACCUACGCGAGAGUAAGCAAUUGUCAGGUCAGAUGCGUCUGAACGAUGACGUGGAAACCACCGAUGAGCAGGAGUUGAAAGAUGUCCAAAACGCCAUGAGAGAGUUGCUUCAUGGCUUAUUUCCUGAUCCUAGCGGAGCCGAAACGACACUGUGA